GAGCUCCAUGACCGAGUCGCGUUUGAAACUUCGCCGUCUCCCCGAGACUCCAUGGAUAUCGAUAGUUAAUGAAGCGACUUCCUCGGCGAAGCAGAAGAUUCAGGACAUCGAGACCAAGCUCGACCAGUUGCCACGUCUUCCGUCGGAUGCGAGCUCACGUUCCUCGGGGGCCUCACAAGUCACGAAGCUGCUCCAGGACAACACGACGAAGCUGCUGAUUCUUGGAAUUCUUCCGCGGAUGCUGGCGAGUGCGCCACGAGCGGUUAAAGAGGCCGUCAGUUCCCGCUGCGCGCCGACUGCCAAGCACGCCAGCAUCACGAUCAGGGAAAUCGAUAUCACGCGCAAGGUCACCCUCCACUUUCAGACGGCCACAGACGCCAGUAACUACCUCACGCCGUUUGAAGCGGAUGGGGUGUUUCAGGUCAGGGCCAAGAUGAACGACUUGCUGAAGUCGCGCGGCUUCGAGGUGAACAGCGACGGCCUUGGCGGGGGCAUCUUUGUGCUUCGCGCCGAGCGCGACCCUUUUCCCGUCGCGGAGAUGGCCACGGACCCUGGCGGCCCCGAGGAGUUUGGCAUCGACCAGUGCGCCGCAGCGCGCCGCGAG